AUCAUUCCUCAGCAGAACUACCUGAUGACACAGCGGAGCAAGUUCCUUGUAAACAAUCUAGGUUUCUAUUAAACGUAGAGGGGGACAGGUGACUUGCAAAGUGUUUGUGCGGCUCUUUUAAAUCUGAAGAUUAGGGUGAGUGGCUUCUGGGGAAGUGUCAUCUUUCCUUUCUCCCCUCACACUCUUGAGAGCUGGACCACUGAAGGUGUACCUCAUGGGUUCAGAUGAGGCCUACAACUUUGUCUUUAAGGUGGUUCUUAUAGGUGAGUCUGGCGUUGGCAAGAGCAACCUGCUCUCCCGCUUCACCAAGAACGAGUUCAACCACGACAGCCGCACCACCAUCGGGGUGGAGUUCAGCACACGCACAAUUCAACUGAAAAGUCUCAUAAUCAAGGCUCAAAUCUGGGACACGGCUGGGCUGGAGCGGUACAGGGCCAUCACCUCUGCUUAUUAUAGAGGAGCUGUUGGAGCGCUAUUGGUCUAUGACAUCACCAAACAUCUGACCUAUGAGAGUGUGGAGCGCUGGCUUAAGGAGCUAUAUGACCAUGCAGACCCUCACAUCGUAGUCAUGCUGGUGGGCAACAAAACUGAUCUGGGGUCAGAGCGAUCAGUGCCCACUGAGGAUGCCAAGGACUUUGCAGAAAAGAAUGGCCUAUUGUUCUUAGAGACAUCAGCCUUGGAGUCCACAAACGUUGAGACUGCAUUCCAAAAUGUCCUUGGAGAGAUUCACAGGAAGGUGAGCAGUAAAGAAGUGACCCGGGGGUCCAUUAGUGCCGUGUCUCUGGCCAGCCCCGUCCCCAGAGCUGCAGGCGACCCUGAAGAGAAGAAGCCCUGCUGUAGGAACCUCUGAUGGGACAAACCACCCCCUCAUGUGGAAUAGAGCACUCCAUCUUCCUCUAGUUAGUGUGCCCAAAUGGUGCAAGCCUGAUUGAAAAGAAUGAUGCUGAGCAAGACCACUCUGAUGUGACAUAGUUACAUGUUGGCAGACAGAAUGAGUUUUCCAUUCCUAAAGAUGAUGUAAUGUGUAUGUACAUGGCUGGGGGUACAUUUCCCCCCCAAAGAAUCCAGCAAUCAUUUGAAUAUAAAAAUAUAUCAAACAGCAUUUUUGUGUAAACUUCAAAAAUUCAAUGUUGCUUAGGAUGAUUUUAUUUUUAAAGGUAGUCAACUGAUGUACAGAAUAUUUGCAUUUUUAGUGACUGAGGUUGGACAACAAGUGCCAAAACCACGUUUUUACACAAAGCUUGAUUAAUUAAAUUUGCUGUCACUGUU